AUAGCCAAAACAGAGGAUGGUACAGUGCGAGGUAUCUUUUGGGUUGAUGGACAGGCAAGAGCUGCAUAUCGUGUAUUUGGUGAUGUCCUGGUAUUUGAUACAACAUAUAAGAAGAAUCGAUAUCACUUCCCAUUUGGUCCUUUUGUCGGAGUAAAUCAUCAUGGCCAGACUACUUUGUUUGGAUGUGGGUUGAUAGCAGAUGAGACAAUUGAGUCGUUUAUUUGGUUAUUCUCUACGUGGUUGAAAGCAAUGGAUAAUCGACCACCUGUGGCAAUUAUUACAGACCAAUGUCCAUCACUUUUGAGGGCCAUCCCACAUGUGUUUCCAAAUGCAAAGCAUAGGUACUGUUCAUGGCAUGUGCAAAAACAUUUUAUGGAACACCUGAGCAACUUGUAUGGGACACGUCCAUCAUUUAAAAAGGAUUUUGGGAGAUGUAUUUAUGGUAGUCAGACAGAAGAUGAAUUUGAGACAAGCUGGCAAGAGUUAUUAAUAGCUUAUAAUCUCGUUGAACAUGAGUGGUUGAGGAAAAUGUACGAGCAGCGGGUUCAUUGGGUACCGUUAUAUCUUAAAGGUACUUUCUUUGCUGGCAUGUCAUCCACACAACGCAGCGAGGGGAUGAAUUAUUACUUUCGUGGUUACUUUAAGCAAUCAAUCCCAUUGCACAAGUUUGCACGACAAUAUGAAAAGGCUGUACAAAGACGUAGGGAGAGGGAAGCUAGUAGUGAUUUCUCCAGUCUCAACAAAAAACCUCCACUGUUAGUUGGUAAUCCUUUGGAGAUACAUGCAUCUAAAGUUUAUACGAGGAAGAUUUUUGAAAUCUUUAAGAAGCAAUGGUCUGCAGCACUGAUAUUGACAGCCACAGAAGAAGUACAUGGUCAAAAGAAAAAGUAUUUGGUCGGUCCCUUUGACAUUCCUGACGAGCAUAAGUGUGAAGUUUGGGAUGACAUUGAUGCAGGUGUUGUAACUUGUAGUUGUAAAUUGUUUGAGUUUAUGGGUUUAUUAUGCAAACACAUCUUGAGAGUCUUCCAUAAGACAGACCGCAAGGAGAUUCCUUCGCAGUACAUCUUAAAAAGAUGGACCAUGGAUGCAAGGAUUGAUUUGACGAAUAAGAUAGACAGAUUAAGUGAUGAAGGUUCUGUAUCAGUAACAGCUGCAUGGGCUUUUCAAGAUGCCUUGAGGAAUUUGAUAGCCACAGUUAGUGGUUCACAGGCAGCAUGUGAAUCUGCUACGACUGCGUUGAGGAUUGUGAAUCAAAGAAUCUUACGAGAAUUGGGUGCAUCAAACUUACAAACUCCUGUUGUUGAUCCACAACCCUCUUCUAAUGUUACACAUGACCCCCAUUGCAAUAUCCAUAUUCCUUUGGAUGUGAUCACAAGGGGUCGGCCUAAUUUAGGUCGUGCAAAACAUCCAAUGGAGAUGACAACUGGAAGGAAGAAUAGAUGUAGCAAUUGUGGCCAGUUAGGGCAUAGCAAGGCAACUUGUAAGGUAGUAGUGGCGCCGGAAAAUGAUUUGGACACCACCUACAAUGAAGAACGGUUUUAGUUAGUGAUUUUUGGAUCAACAGUAUUUGAUCUCAUGUAAAAAGUUGACUGAUGAUUACUUUUACGAGAGCACAGAGAAGAUUUCCUUCGAGGGUAUGGCUCUUCCUUCUACUCCAUUAUACGUUCAUCGUGUGUUACUCUUGUGUUUGAAUUUGAUUUUCUGAGUUGGUUGGGAAAGUUCGGGCCCGUUUGAUUUUGUUUCCAGAAACAGUUUUUCCGUUUUCUGUCCUCAGAAACAGAAGAAACAUCAUAUUUUCUGUUUUAUUUUUUGGUUCUGUUUCACCUAUCUAUAAAAUAAAAAUUGAAAUUUAUAUAU